AGCGCCACUGCGCAUGCGCCUCCGCCGCCGCCGCUGUUCGCAUUUCCUGUUGAUGCUCUUCUCAUUCGGAGCCAUGGCGCUGCUGAGAGCGGUUUUCUCUUGUCUUCUCUUGAGUCCCGCGGUGUUUGCUCUGGUGCAGGAACUCGAUGACACGUUUAAAGACAGCCGGAUGGAUGACGUUUGGCUGGUGGAUUUUUACGCGCCGUGGUGCGGAUACUGUAAGAAACUGGAGCCGAUAUGGCAGGAUGUGGGAGCGGAGCUGACGCGCUCGGGGUCGCCGGUCCGAGUCGGCAAAAUGGACGCCACCGCGUAUUCGGGUAUGGCGUCAGAGUUCGGCGUGCGAGGAUAUCCCACCAUUAAACUGCUGAAGGGGGAGAUGGCAUAUAACUACAAGGGACCAAGAACCAAAGACGACAUAAUCGAGUUUGCCAACAGAGUGGCUGGGCCAGCCGUGCGGUCGCUGCCCAGCAGACAGAUGUUUGAGCAUGUCUUGAAGAGGCACAAUGUGCUGUUUUUGUAUGUCGGAGGUGAAUCUCCUCUAAAAGAGAAGUACAUAGAGGUGGCGUCUGAGCUCAUCGUGUACACGUAUUUCUUCUUUGCAUCUGAAGACGUCUUACCGGAGUCUGUGACGUUGCACGAGUUGCCGUCAGUGGUCGUCUUCAAAGAUGGAAGCUAUUUCACAUAUGAUGAGUAUGAGGACGGCAGUUUGUCAUCCUGGGUGAAUCGAGAGCGAUUCCAGAGCUACCUGCCGAUCGAUGGAUUCACGCUCUAUGAACUGGGAGAGACAGGUAAAUUGGUGGCGAUCGCAGUUACUGAUGGGAAGGAUUCAACAGAGCAUAGCAGCAGGUUGAAAGGUCUGAUCCAGAGAGUUGCUACUGAACACAGGGAUCUGUUCAGCAGGGAUUUCCAGUUCGGUCACAUGGACGGUAAUGACUAUAUCAACAGCCUUAUAAUGGGUGAGGUGUCGGUGCCCAGCAUCAUCAUCCUCAACACCUCGAACGAGCAGUACUUCCUGCCGGCGGAGCCUGUGGAGGAUCUUCAGCAGCUGCUCCUGUUCUUCAGCAGCGUUCUGGACGGCAGCGCUCCGGCGUAUGGAGGAGACGGGAUAUUCCAGAGGAUCAAGCGCGUGGCGUACGAUGCCAGAUCCACCAUAAUGUCUGUGUUUCGCAGCUCUCCGGUGCUCGGCUGCUUCCUGUUCGGCCUGCCGUUAGGCGUCAUCAGCCUCAUGUGUUACGGCAUCUGCACGGCCGAAUCCGACGACGCGGCGGACGACGCGGAGCUGAUGAAGAGAGACGGAUUUACGGACGAGGAGGAAGAAGAGGGCGAGGAGGAAGAGCAGCGCCGACUGACGCCUAGAAUAGAAGACACGGGAGAGGAGGAUGAAGACGGAGAGAAGAGUCCGAGUGACAAAAAGGUUGAUUAACGAGAAUCGAACGCCUCAGAAGAGGAAACCGUGGCCUAGAAUCUCCUCGCAUCUUUGCUUUGGAUUAUUUGUUUUCCAGUUCAUUAUUUUCAGAAUUUCCCUAAAUGUACAUCAAAUUUAAAGUCUUCAGGACCAGCCGUGGAGCUCCAGUUACAAAAAGCACAUGGGCGACAAACACUGACUGUUUUAAAGUGAGGCGACAGCAGGUCUUUGUGCUUAUUAAUAAUCAUUGCUGUAAUAACGAGCCAUUCUCUCACUUUUAUUGGUGUCCACUGCAGUUGUCUCUCAGUUGAAACAUGCUAAACGAUUGAUCUCUCCAUGGACGCACUUCCCACUUUGUUUUGAAUGAGAAAGUGCAGUUAUUGUUGCAUUAGAGACUUGAUCUACAGAGGAUUGUCUUAUAUAUGAAUAAUAACCAUUUUCAGACGUAAUGACCGCACAUAAAAGCUUUUCUCCUGCUUGUUACGGGGACGUGAUCUGACCGAAUGUAGAAGUGUUGUGAAGUGAUUCCAGUGAGAGUGUGUUUAUUUCUCUGAAAGGAGCGAAGGCUUGGUUUUUAUCAUAUGCACUGAACUGACAUCAUGCACUGAACACACACACACACACAGCAACUUCAGCUUCAAUUCUUUUUUUUUUUUUUCUUUUUUUUUUAAACGAAAUAGUCUUGAUCCUGGAGAACAUGGGCGUUCCUUCUGUAGGGUGCUAUAUUUAACAUUUUAUAGCAAGUAGUGUCUGUGUAUGUGUUUUAUAGAUAUAAAGGCUUUAUAUGUCAGCUGUUUUCAGCAUUGAUUACCAAAUUUUACUCAGAAACUGUUAUCACAUUCAUGAAAAAUGAAAGUGAAGACUCAGAACUUUUAUUUAGAUUCUCAAAAGUGCAGCAGACCACUGUAAACGGUUGCAGAAGUGCGUGACACGAAACGUUUGUCGUGAUGAGCGGAUCUGUCGAUCUCGCGCUGAUGCAGGUGACAUCGGUUUGAAGAUCUUCAUCUGAUCGCAGACACACUUUUACUAGAUGGCAUUUCCAGUUUGAGCCAAAGCUGUCGUUACGCAAGAACACUGACGAGUAUUUGGAAGCUCAUGCUGCUUCAUGGUCAAACUCGAUCUGAAGGGUCACACCGGAUCGUAAUGAAGUAACGUUGCUCACUUUGCCUUCUCCUUCCCUUCCUGAUGCCUGUUGUUACUGUAGGAUACUUUGACAUAUCACUUGUCUUAUUGUUUCUGCUGUUCAUUAAAUGUUUCUUUGUUUCUCUCUCCUUCUACGUUCUUCCCUUCACAUCAAUAUGAUAAAGUAGAGUCUGACUAGAUCACGUUCAGUUUUUGUAUGUGAUUACAUUUGUCUGAAAGGUAAUUGUAGGGAUUUAUAACAGACUGCUUUUGAUUAAAAGAUUCAGUCGUUUUUAUUUUUCUUUCAGCUCAGACGUUUAUGUAUGGAUAUAGUUUAGGUGUUAAUGGGGUAAGAUGUGUCAGCGUCACAUGUCCGCGUUUAUAAAGGGCCUAUCGUGAACAGCAACGUUCUGCCAAAAACAAUGCUGAAACAAUUACAAUCAAUAAAGAAGUCCAUGUUUGACACA